AUGCUCCCUUUAACCUCCACAAAACCUCAAAAUCUCUUCCCUUCCCUCUCCUUAUGUUUCCCUCCCUGUCUCUCCUCCUCCGCCGACUCCCUCUCCCUCCCUUUCCCUCUCAAAAAAGCAUCCCCUUUCCGUCUCCGCAUCCGCUCUAUCGACGCCGCCCAGCCGUACGACUACGAGUCUCAUCUCCGCGCUCAACACCUCAAAUCCCAAUCCCUUAAGAUCGCCAUUUUGGGGUUCGGCAACUUCGGUCAGUUCCUCUCCAAAACUUUCUCUCUCCAAGGCCACACCGUCCUCGCCUACUCUCGUACCAACUACGCCGAUGUAGCCAAAAGCCUGGGAGUCACUUUCUACAACAAUCCACAUGACCUCUGCGAGAGCCACCCAGAAGUUGUAAUCCUAUGCACUUCGAUUCUUUCCACUGAGAAGGUACUACAGUCGUUCCCAUUUCAGAGACUCAAGCGUAGUACCCUUAUUGUUGAUGUUUUGUCUGUUAAAGAGUUUGCUAAGAAUGUCUUGUUGAAAUAUUUGCCUGUCGAGUUUGAUAUCUUGUGUACACACCCCAUGUUUGGACCCGAAAGUGGGAAAAAUUCUUGGGUUGGUUUGCCUUUUGUUUAUGAUAAAGUUAGGAUUGGUAAUGAGGAGGGUAGGAUUAAUAGAGUUGAGAGGUUUCUUGGUAUUUUUGCCAAACAAGGGUGUAGGAUGGUUGAAAUGACCUGUGCAGAGCAUGAUAGGCACGCGGCUGGGUCGCAGUUUGUCACUCAUACUAUGGGGAGAGUUUUGGAGAAGUUUGGAUUGGAGUCGUCGCCGAUUAAUACCAAAGGGUACGAGACUUUGCUGGAUUUGGUGGAGAAUACGUCUGGGGAUAGUUUUGAGCUGUAUUAUGGGUUGUUUAUGUAUAAUAAGAAUGCUAUGGAGCAGUUGGAGAGGUUGGAUAUGGUGUUUGAGGCAAUUAAGAAGGAGUUAUUUGGGAAAUUGCAUCAGGUUUAUAGGAAACAGUUGUUUGGGAAUGCCGAUGAGGGAGCUGAGGAGAGGCCUAAGGCGCAGAAAUUGCUUCACAAUGGUGCUCCACCUUCUGCCGAUGCUAUGAAACAGGAAACGUCUUGA